AUGGCCAUUCCAUCUGUUAGUGUCACCACCGAUAAUGAAUACGAGGACAUAUCAUCCUUCUCUUCUAUUGACUCUUACAAGCCUGAGCCCUUUACUGGGUUCAAAGAUUCGGAAGCUCCAGAGCAGCCUCUUUUGAAGAAUGACACCAUUGUUGGAAAGGGACAAUUGGAGAAUGAUGACAGUGUAGACGAUCAGCACCGUCACUCUGAUGUGCACUCUCAUCACAGUUCCAGUACUUUGAAAAGGCCAACUUCUAACUCGAUAGAAAAGAUGGUUACACACAAUGCGUUAGAAGGGAAUUCAGAAACAGUAGAUUCUUUGAAAAAAGAAGGAUUAAACCUGGACAAGAAGGGUACUCCAGACAUCACAGCCCCAGUAACAAAUUCGGCGCACGAUGCUGCAUUUCCAGAGGAGUAUCGAUUAGAGACUGAGACGGGGCUGGUUAAGUUGAAGACACUUGAAACUUUAAGAAGAGAAGACUCUCGUGUUUCCGGAGCAAAAAAGGAGCAGGGCCACGACCACACUGACGCACAUUCUACACGCUCCAAAGCUACUGCGUAUUCUCAAGGUUCUUCCCUAGAAUCCGAUAAGUUGAACAUAGCAGUGGAAAAGAAUAAGAAAAGAAUUGAAAAGUACCAAAAACACAAGGGAGAAAAAGGAAUUAAAGGCUUCUUCCACAGAAUCUUUGAUUGA